AGUUUCCAAAAAAGUUAGAAUAACUUCCUCUCCGGGAGACCUCGGUUUUGCACAAGCCGGCCUUGAAACCAGAGCCCUUCGUGCAACUCCGGGAGCGGUGCUUGGCCAGCGCUGCGCGUUCGGCGCCCCGGCGCCUCCAGCCCCACGCGCGCCGGGCGGGCGCCAUGGAGGAGGGCUCCAGCUCGCCCGUGUCCCCAGUGGACAGCCUGGGCACCAGUGAGGAGGAGCUGGAGCGGCAGCCCAAGCGCUUCGGCCGGAAGCGGCGCUACAGCAAGAAGUCGAGCGAAGAUGGCAGCCCGACCCCGGGCAAGCGCGGCAAGAAAGGCAGCCCCAGCGCGCAGUCCUUCGAGGAGCUGCAGAGCCAGCGCAUCCUGGCCAACGUGCGCGAGCGCCAGCGCACGCAGUCGCUCAACGAGGCCUUCGCCGCGCUGCGCAAGAUCAUCCCCACGCUGCCCUCAGACAAGCUCAGCAAGAUCCAGACGCUCAAGCUGGCCGCCAGGUACAUUGACUUCCUCUACCAGGUCCUGCAGAGCGACGAGAUGGACAAUAAGAUGACCAGCUGCAGCUACGUGGCCCACGAGCGCCUCAGCUACGCCUUCUCCGUGUGGCGCAUGGAAGGCGCAUGGUCCAUGUCCGCCUCCCACUAGCGCCGGGCCACCCACCUCCAGACCGGCGCGCCAGGACUGUCCCGUGCGCCAAGGCGCGGUGGAGUUGGAGCGAAGCCAAGCCUGUAACUUCUGAAACCUGAGCAACCUCAAGGAGGCCCCACCUCUGCUCCCCAGCGCAGGGCCAGCCGUGGCUCCGGCGGCACCUGAGGACCCGGACUCCAGCCUCCUCCCACGGAUGGCCAGACCGGAAGGGCACUCACGGCCCCUCUUGCCAAUGACACCGUCAUCGUCGUCCACGUCACUGUCUGGACUUUUCCUCUGGGUUUUAUGUCUGGGGGGAGGUUUUAUUCUUUCUGGAAAUCUCUAGAUUCAGGAACACAUUGAUGAGGAUUUGGAUUUGUAUUUCCCUCAAAGUGCCUUUUUAAAUGUAUUUUUUUAAAUAAAACAGAAAUGCAUUCUGUACAA